UGUAUUACAGGAGCAGAAGCUCAAUGUGACAACGUUGUUAUCAGCAACAAAUGGAACGGUAACUAUCAGGCGGACUUCACCACUGAGACCUAUCGACAUCAACGGCCUCACUAUGGACUGGAUUUUCAGUAACCCGGUGGACAGCAUCACCUUUUAUCAGGGGUCAGUGACCAAGCAUGACGACACACACUUUACCCUCAUCGGCGACUCCAUCAACGUGAAUAAAGGUGAUGAGAUCUCGUUCACCUUCCAAAUCCACUACUCUGGUGUGGAGCCUCUCGUUGUCAGCGAGACAGUGAACGGUGUACAGAUCUGUGACGCGGUCUUCACUACACCUAAGCCCCUGGAAAACCCUUGUGAUGAAACUGACCUGACGCCCUACGACUACAGCCAGGUACUGUGCAUGUCGUACGUGUUCUACGAGGCCCAACGGUCAGGUCCUCUGCCUGCAGAUCAGCGCGUCACCUGGCGAGGUGACUCUGCUCUUGACGACGGCUCUGACAACGGCGUAGACCUUGCUGGCGGCUAUUACGACGCUGGUGACCACGUGAAGUUCGGAUUCCCGAUGGCCUUCACCGCCACCAUGCUGGCGUGGGGCCUCAUUGACUUCGCCGACGGACAUGAGACUGCAGGUCAGGCGGAGUACGGUGAGGCAGCGCUCAAGUGGGCCACCGACUACUUCCUCAAGGCUCACACUGACAAAAACGAAUUCUAUGGUCAGGUGGGUUCUGGCGACCUUGACCACUCCUACUGGGGACGACCUGAGGACAUGACGAUGGAGCGACCUUCAUAUAAGAUUGAUGAAGCUCACCCAGGAACUGAGUUGGCCGCUGAGACAGCCGCUGCCCUCGCUGGCGCAUCCAUGGUCUUCAAGGAAAAUGACCCAACCUACUCCGCCACGAUGCUGGACGUUGCCAAGGAACUCUACGACUUCGCUAACAAUUUCCGUCUGACCUACGAUGUAUCUAUCCCUGACGCAACAAACUUCUACCACUCUUGGAGUGGGUACGGUGACGAGCUCUGCUGGGCGGCACUGUGGUUGGCACGAGCUACUGGCGACAAUACCUACCUCACUAGCGCCAGAGGCCAUUGGGAUGAGUUCCACUAUACAGAUGACGAUGUUGUCCAGUUCUCCUGGGACGACAAAAGAGCCGGAGUAUACUCGCUCUUCUGGACGUUGGACGGUUCCAGUGAGUACUCUGAUCCCCUCAAGACCUACCUGGACUGGCUCAAGGACGGCGCCCAAUACACCCCGGAGGGUCUUGUUUUUCUGGACACUUGGGGCGCCAACCGCCACGCUGCUAACGUCGCCUUUAUCUCUCUCUAUGCCGCCAAGAAUGGUAUGAACACUAAUGCUAACCAAAAGUGGGCGAAGGAACAGAUCGGUCAACUGUUGGGAGACAACUCCCGUUACAACAGGUCCUUCGUGGUGGGCUUCGGCGAGGACCCCCCUCAGAGGCCCCACCAUCGUUCCAGCUCCUGCCCAAACCCUCCGGCAGACUGUGGAGGCGCCUUUGAGAACCCCGGCCCCAACCCCCAUGUUCUCUACGGUGCCCUUGUCGGUGGACCAGCCCAGAAUGGCGAUUACAAAGACGACCGCAAGGACUUCACUCAUAACGAGGUGGCCUGUGACUACAACGCUGGCUUCACAGGGGCUCUGGCUGCCCUUAUCGAAAUUAGUUAGGCCGGGACGGCCUGUCUUCUGACAAAGCCAUAUGGGAUUGACUCCUUGACUUAUAUUUUGUUCUUAAUAUUUCUAUUUCAAGUGUAUAUUUUUCCUUGAUUAUUACGAUGUUUAAUUUCGUGAUUAAUAAAUGCAGCAGAAUUGCAAUGAUU